AUGUCCAUUACUCCUACUCUCUCUCCACAGGCCCAAAAGUUCCGUCAGGAGGCUGAUACCUUUGGUAACCUCCAGGUUCCUGCUGACAGAUACUGGGGUGCCCAAACUCAGCGUUCUCUUCAGAACUUUGACAUUGGUGGUCCUACUGAGCGUAUGCCAGAGCCUCUCAUCAAGGCCUUUGGUGUUUUGAAGCGUGCUGCUGCCACUGUCAAUAUGACCUACGGUCUCGACAAGACUGUUGGUGAGGCUAUUGUCAAGGCUGCUGAUGAGGUCAUUGAGGGCAAGCUCCUCGACCAUUUCCCUUUGGUCGUCUGGCAAACCGGCUCUGGCACCCAGACCAACAUGAACGUCAACGAGGUCAUCUCUAACCGUGCGAUUGAAUUGUUGGGCGGUGAACUCGGCUCCAAGAAGCCUGUUCACCCUAACGACCAUGUCAACAUGUCUCAGUCCUCCAAUGACACCUUUCCCACAGCCAUGCACGUCGCUGCUGCUAUUGAAAUCAACCAGCGCCUCAUUCCCGCUGUUACUACCUUGCGUGAUGCUCUUAAGGCCAAGAGCGAGGAGUUCAAGGAUAUCAUCAAGAUUGGUCGUACUCAUUUGCAGGAUGCCACCCCCUUGACUCUCGGACAGGAGUUCUCUGGAUAUGUUCAGCAGCUCACCUAUGGUCUCGAGCGUGUCCAGGCUACCCUUCCUCGCCUCUACAACCUCGCUCAAGGUGGUACCGCUGUUGGCACUGGCUUGAAUACUCGUGAGGGCUUUGAUGUUAAGGUCGCAGACGCCAUCUCCAGCAUUACCAACCUUCCUUUCAAGACUGCGCCCAACAAGUUUGAGGCCCUUGCAGCCCACGAUGCCAUUGUGGAGGCUCAUGGCUCAUUGAACGUCUUGGCCGUUUCAUUGAUGAAGAUUGCCAACGAUAUCCGCUUCUUGGGUUCUGGUCCUCGUUGCGGUCUUGGUGAGUUGAACUUGCCCGAGAACGAACCUGGUUCAUCCAUCAUGCCUGGCAAGGUUAACCCUACCCAAUGUGAGGCCAUGACCAUGGUUUGCUCCCAAGUCAUGGGUAACAACACCACCGUCAGCGUUGCUGGUUCCAAUGGUCACUUUGAGUUGAACGUCUUCAAGCCUGUCAUGAUCAAGAACACCAUCCAGUCGAUCCGUCUCUUGUCGGAUGCUUGCACUUCGUUCACCAACAACUGCGUUGUCGGCAUUGAGGCUAACGAGAAGAAGAUCAAUGCUAUCAUGAACGAAUCGCUCAUGUUGGUCACUGCCUUGAACCCCUACAUUGGUUAUGACAAUGCUGCCAAGGCCGCCAAGAAGGCCCACAAAGAGGGUACCACCUUGAAGGAGGCUGCCAUCUCUCUCGGUCUCUUGGAUGAGAAGCAAUUCAAGGAAUGGGUUCGCCCUGAGCUUAUGUUGGGACCUACCAAAGCCAAGAACUAA